AUGGGCAAGAAGAAGUCGUUCCUCGACAAGAAGAAGGCGACCACCUACCAGCUCGUGCUCAACGAUGCCGAGGACGGCGAAGAUGCCCCCCGCAUCGGCCUCCAGGCCAUCAAACAGGGCGGAAAGUGGAUCACUGACGACGGCGAGGCGGCGCACCUCGACCCCCUCGCUGGGGCCGGGGAGGACUACGACGAGGUCGACGAGUGGAUCCAGGGCAAUAUUCACCCGUCGGAGCGCGCCGCCGUGCGCCCCGCGCGCCCGGGAGGCGCCGCGGCGUCCUUCCCGUGGCACCUGUUCACUGACGGGCCCAGCGGGGCGGAGGAGCACGGUCCGGCGUGGGGCGCGCGGCGGAAGGAGAUCAUGGAGCUCGGCCUCCCCGACGACGGCUACGACUACCUGAAGCACCUCCGCGCGCCCGCGCCCGCGCCGCCCACGGCCGCCCUCCCCGCCACGGCCAGCGCCGCCGCGGCCGACGGCCGCAUCGUCGUCGGCGAGCAGCGGAAGCCCAAGGGCGAGAAGGCAGCGCCGGCCGUCGGCGGCGGCGGCCCGACGAUCUUCCUCCCGGCGCUCGAGCCGGCGCAGGACGUGGCCCCCGACGCGCGCGAGUUCGACGCUCGCGCGCUGGUGCUCGGGCAGGCGGCGACCGACGAGGCGGCGGCGGAGGGGCGCUCGAACGCGGUGUCGGCGGCGGCGCGGCCGGUCGAGGAGCUCCGGGCGCGCGAGCGGCGGAUGCGCGAGGAGCUGGACGCGGUGAUGGCGGCGCUGGAGGAGGGCGGGAGCGACGCGGGGGACGAGCUGGAGGACGACUUCGUGCUGCUGUCGACGCAGGGGCCGGCGUCGGGGGCGGCGGAGACGGAGGACGAGGACGAGGAGGGCAGCGAGGGGGCGGAGAGCGAGGGGGGCGCGGAGGGGGAGGUGGGGCGGAGCGAGGCGGGGAGCGACGUGGCGGCGAUGAACGCGCAGUUCGACCGCGUGGCGAUGGAGUACGACGACGAGGACAUCGGGUCGCUCGAGGACGAGGAGGGCGAGAUCCGCGGGCGCGCCCCGGCGGCGCGCUUCGCGGACGUGUUCGACGAGUUCAUCGAGACGCACGCGGGGGCCAAGGCGCGCGAGCGGGGCACGGCGUACGCGGCGCCGGCGGACGGCGGCGGCGACGGGGGCUUCGUGGCGUGCGCGGCGUUCGACGGCGCGCGGGAGGGGUAUGUGUUUCGCGCGGGGCCGCAGGGGCCGGGGUACUACCGGGACGACGCGGGGGGGGAGUCCGGGGAGGAGUGGCUGGACGAGGAGGCGGCGGUGGCGCGCGCGGCGCUCGCGCGGACGAAGGCGCUCGCGGAGAAGUUCCAGUACGGCGUGCAGGCGGUGGAGUCGGACCAGGAGCGGGCGGCGCGAGAGGCGCGCGAGGCGCGCGAGCUCAGGCGCAUGAUGGAGAAGCCGCGCGAGCGGUGGGACUGCGAGUCGAUGGCGUCGAUGCGGAGCAACGCGCUGCACCACCCGGGGCGCAUCGGCGCUCCGCCGAAGCCGGCCUCGCGCGCGGGCGCCGACGGCGCCGCGCCGGCGCCCGUGAAGCUGUCGGCGCAGGGCGUGCCCGUGGGGUACGUCCGUCGCGCUCCGGCCCGCGGCGAGGAGGCCGGCAGCGAGGACGGCGGCGAGGACGAGCACCCCGCGCCGCCGAACAGCGCCGCGCCCAAGGCGCGGACCAAGGGGGAGUCGGCGGAAGAGCGGCGGGCGCGGAAGCAGGCGGUCAAGGACCAGAAGCGGGCGCGGCGCGAAGAGAAGAAGCGGUCGACGGCGGUGUUCAAGGGCGUGAUGCAGCAGGCGCAGCGGCAGCAGGCCGGCAUGGGGCAGGCGAGCUCGGUGAUCAAACUGUGA